AUGUCCUUCCAGAGCCUGGGUCUGCCAUGGAGUCUUCCUCGCCAGGUCACUGUGAAGAUGAAACAACGCCUGCCUGUAGCAGCGCCCUCUCCCAGCUCAAUCCAUGUUAGAGAAAGCAACAGGCUGGAGGAAAACAUUGCCGAAAAGGCCAGGGAGCUCCGGGAAGUUCUUAAGAAUCCAGCCUGUGAACGUCACGGUGCCACGUGUGGCUUAAACUGCGCUCCUCCCACGGGGAGUCCUGGCUCUUUGAGUCUUAGCGUGAGACCAGAGGUGUUUCCCAGGUUUAUAUCUGAUUUCACCGGGAGCCGGUCUAUCUCUUUGCUCUUUAGACGGGGACUGGACAGCGAAGCUCGGGGACAGGAACAAAAAAAGCCCAGUCCCAAACCUGAGAAAGAAGCCAUGAAGCUCAGUGACAAGGACCCGGCCGCUAACAAAGAAAGCGAUUUGGAGGAAAAGAAAUCGAACUGGACCUGCUCACUCAUCGUGGCCUCUCUCAUGGGCGCCUUCGGCUCCUCCUUCCUGUACGGGUACAACCUCUCCGUGGUGAACGCCCCCACUCCGUACAUCAAGGCCUUUUACAAUGAGACGUGGGAGAGGAGGCACGGAUACCCGAUCGACCCCGACACCCUGACGCUGCUCUGGUCGGUCACCGUGUCCAUAUUCGCCAUCGGUGGACUCGCGGGGACGUUCAUGGUGAAGCCGAUGGGAAAGUUUUGUGGGAGGAAGUGCACAUUACUGGUCAACAAUAUCUUCGCGAUUACCGCCGCGCUGCUGAUGGCCUGCUCGCUCCAGGCAGGAGCCUUUGAAAUGCUCAUCGUGGGCCGCUUCGUCAUGGGCGUGGAUGGAGCGCAGUCACAGCUGAGACCACCUGCCUACGCCAGUGUCUUUGCGGGGUCACGCCACCCCCCUCCCCCCACUCCCCAGGGCACAUGGCUGGCUGACGUGGAGUUCGUGGAGUCGAAAGCUGAGAGCACCUGGCCGUACCUGUUUGGAGCCAUCGCCAUCCCCGCCUUGGUCCAGCUGGUGAGCCUGCCCUUCCUCCCGGAGAGCCCGCGCUACCUGCUGUGUGAGAAGCACGACCAGGCAGCGGCUGAGAAAGGUAGGGCUCGGCCUUUCCCACUCGGCUCCGGCGGCUACAGA